GCGGGUAUCUAAACGCAAAUUUACUUCAAGGUCGUGGUUUUGACAUGUUUUCUCUGUCACCCUUCCUCUUCUUAUUAGUUUCGGAUUUCUGUUGAAUCCAUUUAAUCCAAAUUUUCCUUCUCACGACCAAGAAUAAUAAAUAUAGAUUCGGUAAUCGCUAGUCGUUUCUGCUGAUAAUAUUCUAUCAUGUCCAAGAAUUUUAUAGACAAACUUCGAAUAUUUGUUAGAGCUGGCAGUGGAGCAGCUGGAAGUCCAGCAAUUAAAGGUCAAGGAGGAAAUGGUGGAAGUGUAUAUCUGGAAGUUGAUGAAAAUCAAUCGCUUCUUAAAUUACUAGAGAGUAAUCCAACUAAACGUUUCAAGGCAGAACACGGAAUUGAGGCGAGUAAACGUCGUGGUCUAGUUAUCGGACAAAAUGGUAAAGAUUUGACUAUUGGAGUCCCUGCUGGGAUAACAGUUUUAUUCGGUGGUCAAGGAAAUUCACCAACCAGUGGGGCAGAACAACGAGUCAUUGGAAAUUUAGACAAACCCGGUCAAAAGUUACUUGUUGCACAGGGUGGUGUAGGUGGUUUCCGUCAAAAUGGUUAUAUUGGUUCACCUGGACAAGCGCAUAGUAUUGUGUUGGAUUUGAAGCUUAUGGCUGACUACAGUCUGAUAGGAUUUCCAAACUCUGGUAAAUCUAGUUUACUGAAAGCUUUAUCCGGUGCACCAGCAAAAAUUGCCAGCUAUGCAUUCACCACUAUCAAACCACAAAUUGCCUGUUGCAGGUAUUCAGAUCAUCGACGAAUCAGUUUGGCAGAUUUACCAGGUCUUGCUGAUAUAUACGCUCGUCAUGCUCCUGAUGAUAAUUAUAGUGAAGAACAUAGUAAUUGUAAAUCGAAUUCCUCGACUGCUGCCGCUGCCUCUUCUUCCUCUUCACUUCCAAGUUUACGGCAUACCAAUUUUUUGAAACAUGUUGAGCGUAGUUCAUGCAUUCUGCUUGUAUUAGAUUCUCUUGGAUUUUGUAAAGAUCAAAUUAGUCAUAGACGGAAUGCUUUAGCUGUUGCCUAUUUAGUUCUACAUCAAAUGGAGCGUUGGUCGAAUGGUCUACUACUUGAAAAGCCAAUUUCGUGUGUUUUAAACAAGAUUGAUGUUCCUGGUGCUAUGGACGAAGCAUUAGAGACAAAACACUGGCUUGAACGUAUGGAUUCACCUGAAGCGAAAAAGUACUCAAAACUGCCUUCACAACUGUUACCUCGUGCAACUCCGAAAUUUGAGUCGAUUGAAUUAGUUUCUGCAUUACAUCACACAAAUAUUCCUGAAUUGAAAGAAUCAUUACGUAAGUGGCUAGAUGAAAUUGAGCUAAGAAAGUACAAAGAUGACAUAGCUCAACAAAAAAAAGCCCAACAUAUUAAAGAAAAAAUUCACUGACCGAUAUUCAACCGACUUAUUAUUGAAUUCUUGUUUUCUGGUGAUUUAUCAUGUUUAUUAUUCAGACUUUUACUAACCCCACUGCUCAGUUCGAGUCCUCUAUUGAUUGCUGUACAUUAUCUGCAUAGUUAUAUGAUAGCAAAUAGAAUGAAUAGUAAAUUGAAUGAAAA